CCUGCCUGCUGUCAAAGCCCCCUUUUCCACUCUUUCUCCUGAGUACGCUGAUCGAUCUGCCGCCGUUUCUCCCAAUUGCUGCUCUGGUGUUUGUCCAAUCGCUCAGCGGCGAUCUUUCACUCAUUUUUUAUUUACGAGGAUAGGAGGAGUAUGAGUCCAUCCACAUCCCAGCAGCUAACCCUUGGUUAUGCUUCUCUCCUCGGAGUUGGUGGAGUAAUGGGGUAUGUGAAAGGAGGAAGCCAGAUGUCAUUAGUUGCUGGAGGGACAUCAGCUUUGGUGCUAUAUCAUGUGUACUCACAACUCCCUGAAAGACCAGUGUAUGCAUCAUCCCUCGGACUAGGCACCUCUGUGACUCUCCUGGCUGUGAUGGGUUCUCGUUUCAUGAGAUCAGGCAAGUUGUUUCCUGCAGGCGUUGUGUCUCUUGUGUCCCUAGUCAUGGCUGGGGGUUACCUUCAUGGCAUUUUAGGUAGUGCCUGAAGUGACAUCUUUUUAGUUGUUAGAGAAGAUGGAAAACAGACAAUGUGUGGUCGAAUAACUUCAAAUAAUUUUGCACCAAACUUUGUAUUGGCGGUAGGUGAUGUGUUACACUGAUACCAAACAUUAUAGCUAGAAAAUAAAUGAGCCGUUGUGCAAUAUGUUUCAUAA